AUGUCCAAAGUCGCCAUUAACUCCACCGUGAAAGCCACCGCCGUGGUCAUUGGCGGCACUGGCUUGAUAGGGAUUUGGAUCACUAAAUCCCUCCUCACUGACUACCGUUCCGUGUUCCCUACCGUUCGCGUCACCACCCGCGACGUCAACGGCCCCAAGGCCCGCGAGCUCGCCGCGCUCGGAGCUGAGGUCUUCAACUCCGACGCUCUCGAGGACGCUCUCAAGGGUGCUAACGUCGUCGUGAACACCCUCCCGACGAACUUUCCAGAGGCCGAGAAGCAGAAGCUCACUACGGCAAUUGCAGCGAGCAGCGCCAAAGUCUACUUUAUGAGCGAGUUCGGCAUCGAUUACGCCCUGAAUGACUUCCCGGGGUACGAGCACUCUGAGUGGACCACCAAGCGCGUGAUGACCAAAGAGUCCUACGCCGCCAUGCCCGACAAGAAGAUCAUUCUCCUCCUCGUGGGCGUCUUCCUCGGAACGCUGAACGCGCCCACAUACGCGGCCAUGCUCGGCCUUGACGUCAAGAACAACGCCUACAAGUCUCUCGGGCCUGCGACGACGCCCUUCGCCAUGUCCGCGGAAAUCGACAUCGCGCGCUCCGUCGCGCAGCUCGCCGUCCUCGCGCUCGACCCGGCCACGGCCGCAAGCGUUCCCGACACUGUGCGUCUUGCGCCCAUCACGACGUCGCACGCCGGCAUUGCGGCGGCCGUCGCCCGCGUGCGAGGUGUGCCGCUCGCGACGGUCGAAAAGGAGGACCUGGCGGCUUACAAGAAGGCGCUGAGCGAGAAACCGACGAACAACCUGUUCGAUUACAUCAAGGUGGUUACUGGGGAAGGGAAGCUCAACUUCUCCGCGAACCACGACAACGAGCUCAUCAACCCUGGGCAGCGUCUGUGGAAGUGGAAGACGUUGGAGGACGAACUCGACGAGGGGAAGGCCUGA